AUGCUCGGUAAACCUCGUAGAUUCUCUACUGAGGAACUAUACAAAAUCACUGAACUUCUUACGGUUAAAGGCAAGCCUCUCACAAAAGAAGAAUCGAAGUAUUUGCUCGAUUUAAUUGAAGGUAAUAAAAUUAUUACAUCAAGAGCGACUAACGCCUUCAAUAAUAAGCAAAAAACACAAGAGUGGAUGCGAAUAUCAGAAAACUUCAAUGCUACAGCAACGAAUUGCCCACGAACGCCUCAACAAAUUCGCCUUAAGUGGGAGAAUUUAAAGAAAAAUUCAAGGAAACGUUACUCCAGAAUCAGAAUGAACCAAAUUAAGACUGGUAGUGGUCCAGGUGACUACAUACCACCAGAUGACUUAUUAGACCGAGUAGCUGGAUUACUAGGCAGUACAGUCAGUGGUUUUACUGUGCCUUAUAAUGGUAAGGUUGACAUUGAUUGA